AUGUCUUCGCCCCUAUCUUACGAUGUUCGUCAUGAUGGGCUCAUUUCAUCGUUCGGCAGGUUCCUGACAGAACCUGGCCGUGUGGAGCGAGUCGACGUUUCUCAACUUCGAAGCUUGUUUCUGCCAAAUCUUACACCAGAAGGGGAGGAGUUAUUGAGAAAUGCGCCCAACUUUGUUCGAUCCCAGUUGAAACACUAUGGAGUGCAGUUCAAGAAACGUGCGUUGGUUGGAAAUGGCACUGCAUUAAUGAAAGCUGCCCUCAAAGUCGGGAAAUUCCCCAACACAUCGCGCAGCUUCAAAAACAGAUGCAUACAGAAUGGCUUAGCAAUCAAACUCCCGAAGAACUCUCAUCCAACUCCGAAUGGAUAA